CUCCCUCCUUCUCUCUCUUCCAAAAAGUCUCCCCCCAACUGCCCAACUCACUCACCACUCACCACUCACUCAUCUACAUAUUCUUCAUCAUCUCUCACCUCUGAACGCUACACGAAAACCCCACUUUCAGCAACUCAAUUUUGAUCACAUACACCAUGUCUUUAGCUCCUAGUAGUUAUGCAUCUCUCUAUUCUUCGCCACCAUUGCCUAGAACAGUACCCAUGAGGCAGAGCUCAUUUUGUAAGCUUCCUUGUUCCAACCAUUCUUCAAUCCCCACUGGUUUGAUCAGUUUUUGCAAUACCCACUUGGUGAAACCCUCCAUUUUGGUGGUUAGAGCAUCAGAGACUGAGCCUUCACAGACCUCCAAAUCUGAGAGUGAGGAAGAGAAGUAUGAAGAGUAUGAGGUGGAAUUGGUGCAGCCUUAUGGGUUGAAGUUUGCAAAGGGCAGAGAUGGUGGGACUUAUAUUGAUGCCAUUGCUCCUGGGGGAUCUGCUGACAAGACUAAGAUGUUCACUGUUGGAGAUAAAGUACUUGCCACCAGUGCAGUAUUUGGAACGGAAAUUUGGCCUGCUGCUGAAUAUGGGAGGACGAUGUACACCAUCCGCCAGAGAAUUGGCCCAUUACUCAUGAAAAUGCAGAAGAGAUAUGGGAAGAUGGAUAAUACAGGUGAGUUGACAGAAAAGGAGAUUAUCAGAGCUGAGAGGAACUCUGGUGUAAUAAGCAAUAGAGUGAGGGAAAUCCAAAUGCAAAAUUACCAAAAGAAAAUGGAACAGAAGGAACGCAGAGCAAAGGAUCUACGUGAAGGUCUUCAGCUUUACAGGAGUGCCAAAUAUGAAGAAGCACUUGAUAAAUUUGAGUCAGUAUUGGGAUCAAAACCAGACCCAAAUGAAGCUUCUGCAGCAAGUUAUAAUGUCGCCUGUUGUUACUCUAAGCUUAAUCAGAUACAAGCUGGGCUCUCUGCUCUUGAAGAUGCCCUGGAAGCAGGAUACGAAGAUUUCAAGACAAUCCGGACAGAUCCUGACCUUGCCAACAUAAGAAAAUCUGAGGAGUUUGAGCCUUUGCUCAAAAGGUUUGAUGAAUCAUUUAUCAACGAGAAUGCCAUCAAUGCCAUUAAAUCCCUGUUCGGCUUGCUCAAGAAGGAAUAAAGACAUGAAUGAGCUUCACCGAUUUAAAGGGCUGCUUUGAUGCUUGCAUUGGAGUGCACAACAAUGCUGACACAGAGAAGGAACCAACCAUCUGGUACUUAAAAUUGGUGGUUUCUUCUGUUCAUUUCUGUCUAUAGCUUUAGAUCAGGAUGAUUUUUGAAAGAAGAAUUUGCUUAUUUCAAUUGUUUCUCAUUAGCCUAUUAUCUGUAAUUUUCUUCAUGGAAAGGUUAAAGGAAUUUAUAAACAAAAUUUUUUGAUCAUCAA